AUGCACUUCAGCUUCUGUACAUCCAGUAAAAGCUUGGGAAUGAAAAACCCAACAUUUUCCUUUUUCGUCGUCUUCUUCAUCUGCGCGCAGGAACACCAUCUGCACAAACGAAAAAGAAUACAACGACAAUGA